CGGUCUCCAUGGCGGGGCCUCGGAGCCCAGGCGAGGUUGAGUAGACUCGUUUUGGAUUUUCUCCCCUCUGCUCCGGCGCUCCGUGGACGUCCCUCCUCGCCCCGUAGAGCUCCCGGCGGCGGCGGGACUGGGGGAGGUGGGGGUAUGGCGGAGCUGUCUGCGCGGACGGACCGGACGCUGCUUCCCCCCACCACACACCCCCUUCCUCCCGCCGCCUCCUCCUCCCAUCACCUCCUGACCCUCCCGGUCCCUAAGCAACCGCCGGACCUCGGUGGCGACCGUCGGACCCGCCUCGGGGCCUUUCCGGGGCCCUCCGUGGCGAGGCCUUCCGCCCCCUGCCCGGGGGGAGGCUCGCGGGUCCCCGGGAGGCCGCUGGGGAGGGAGGCUCGGCGCCUGCGGAGGGUCGCUGAGCCGAGAACGUGCCGCCGCCGCCGCGGGGAAGGGCCCCUUGUGUGGCCCUCCGCGCAGCCCCUGGUCCUGGUUUUUAGGGUUCGGGUUUUUGUUUUUUCUCUCUUUAUGAGCCUCUUUAUAUCUAAUAUUUAAAAGGGGAAAGGCGUCUUCCCACACCACCUCCGCUUUUUUAUUUUUUGGGGUCUACGUUACCCAGAAGGCUCAUGUCUUAUCAGUGACCGAGAAUUACUCUAAUUAAAUGUAGCCGUUUUUGGAGGAUGGAUGGGUGGAGAGAUCCUCUACUAUUGAGAUUUCAGUCGCUUUUUGAGGCGUCCGCCAGGAAAGCUCCAAGAAACAGCAGGCCAGCAUCGGGCAGAGCUGGAUUGCAAAAUUUGGGGGCAGAGCGGUGUGUGCACAGAAAAAAAAUGCUGCUAUGAAGACAUAAUUAUAUCUCUCAUAUAAAUGAAGCUACUACUGUCAUGAUUUUAGUGCUGCAGAAAGGAUGAACUUCAGUGGACAAGAGGGCAUUUUGAGGGGUAGUAGGAUGCUUGAGGCCUGGAAUUUAAAUUUGAGCUACUUCCUGAAGCUCUUAAAUAAUAGAAGAAAAUGGAAUUGAACAUGAUGUCAGCAUGGAACAGUCUAAUGAUUCAUUAGUAGUCAACCAUAAUGAUUCCGAAGAUUCAAAAACAGAUUCUCAGCAUUCAACCUGUAUCGACUCCAGGGAUCCUUCCUUUGGACAAAAUAGUUCUGAUAGAGUUUUACCCGUCACUACUCAUGAAGCAGAUAAUUCACUCACAUCACAGAAUAUACCAGGGCCCCUGACUCAGGCACAGACUCUUUCUGCAGAGCAAUUUCACCUAGUGGACCAAAAUGGGCAACCUAUUCAAUAUGAACUUCAGUCAUUGGAGGAUUCUAAUGCACAAAUGAUGAUUGUUGCCAGCUCAUCAGAAAAUGGACAGAUGCUUCGUGUAAUUCCAUCUACCCAGACAGGAAUGACACAAGUGAUUAUACCUCAGGGGCAACUUGUGGAUAUGAAUAGUCCUCAGGAUGCCUCUGAAGAGAAACCCAGCAACAGAAACUUACCAACUGCAAGACUGGAUGCUCUCGCCGACCGUAACAGUAGUUACAUUCUGCAUCCACAAGCAUCCCUCACAUUGCCCCAAAAGACAGUGACCAGAAUGCUUGAAGAACCGUUUCUGGCUCCUCUCCAGCCACUUUCUUCUAACACACCUAUAUGGGCCUGCCGUCUUAGGAGUUGUGAGAAAAUUGGAGAUUCAUACCGGGGCUACUGUGUAAGUGAGACUGAAUUAGAAAGUGUUUUAACGUUUCACAAGCAGCAGACACACAGUGUUUGGGGGACUCGCCAAUCUCCAAGCCCAGCCAAGCCAGCUACACGUUUGAUGUGGAAAUCCCAGUAUGUCCCAUAUGAUGGAAUUCCGUUUGUCAAUACAGGGAGUAGAGCCGUGGUAAUGGAGUGUCAGUAUGGGCCAAGGAGAAGAGGUUUCCAGUUAAAAAAGACCAAUGAGCAGGAAAGCAGGCCUUGUCACCUCUACAAAGCCACUUGUCCAGCCCGAAUUUACAUUAAAAAGGUACAAAAGUUUCCUGAAUAUAGAGUUCCUACAGACCCCAAAAUUGAUAAGAAAAUAAUACGAAUGGAGCAAGAGAAAGCCUUUAACAUGCUAAAGAAGAACUUGGUAGAUGCUGGUGGUGUUUUUAGGUGGUAUGUACAGUUACCUACACAGCAAGCUCAUCAGUAUCACGAAUUGGAGACUCCCUCCCUCCCUUUGUCACCUUCCCCUUUUCCUGUGUCCUCUCUGGAAGAAGAGGAAACUGCAAUUAGGGAUGAGAAUUGUACAUUACCCUCACGUCUACAUCCUCAAGUAGCACAUAAGAUUCAAGAAUUAGUAUCACAAGGAGUAGAACAAGUGUAUGCAGUAAGGAAACAUCUAAGAAAAUUUGUGGAAAGAGAACUGUUCAAAUCUGAUGAGGUACCUGAAAGACAUAAUUUAUCCUUUUUUCCAACUGUAAAUGACAUAAAAAAUCACAUCCAUGAAGUACAGAAAUCCUUGAGAAAUGGAGAUAAUGUAUCUGACUCAGAGAUUAUUCCAGCAACGCUUCAGUGGACUACAGACAGUGGGAAUAUUCUCAGAGAGACUGUGACAGUAACAUUUGCAGAAGGAAAUUCACCAGAAGACUUGUCUACCACCAAAGUGGAAACAAAUCAGACAAGGGGUUCUUUGUCUCCAGAAUCAGCCCAUUUGCUCUCCUCCUCACGUUCUUCAUUUCAGCCAAAAAUAUUCACACAACUACAGGGUUUACAGUUGCAACCAAGAUUCACUUCUCCUGAUGGAUCACCGGCUCUGAUAUCAGUAAAUGACCACCUCUCCUCUAGUCCUUCAAGACCUCUGGAUUCAAUACGAAGUACCGUAAUAAAUAAUAACUCUCUACAGUGUGGUCAAAGUCAUGGCCUUCAAACAGAUACAUGCCUUACCCCAAACAACAGUAUUGCCUCUACCAUGGGUAACCUUCCAGCACCAGAUCAAAAUGUGGCUGCAGUGGAUCAGCUGGUGGACGUUGGAGAUGCUGAGGAUACAGAGAAUCUGGAAGGAAGUGUUCAUCGGUUUCUGUUGGGAAAUGUACAGACCGUUCCAAUACAAAUUAUAGACAGCCACCCACCUCUUAUUGAAGAAAACCCAGAAGGUACCAUUUCUGUGAACCAAGUUAAACAGGAACCCAAAGAACCAGCAUUGUCUAUGGAAGCAAAAAAAAAUUUGGACUAUAAGAAAUUAUCUGCUACAUAAAUUGUUGAAGCUUUUCUGAACUGUACAACUCUGGUGACCUCUGAUGUCAUAGAAAAGAAGGUGAAUAUUGUCAAACCUCAGCAGUGUGAUAAGUGGACUGAAGACUGGUUUGAUGAGUAGCUUUUAUUUAAAACUAUUUGUUGCCAAUUUCAUAUUUUUACUUUAAGAGAUAUUUUAUACUUCUUAUUUUGUAUAAUUCUUAUGCUUUUAGGUAUCUGAUAAGGCCAGUAUUUCAGAAGGCUAUCUGAACUUAUCCAUGGUAAUAUAGCUUGAACACAAAUAGUUAUCUAACUUAUUCCCUGGAAAUACCUAAUUUUGGCUCUUAAAAAAUGAAAAAGAACAAAAAACUUCGUGCGUGCGUGUGUGUGCGCGGUGCGCGCGAGCGUGUGUGAUGCUUUUUAAAAUUUCUAAAAGAACUUAUUCCCUCUUUAAAGUUGUGAAGAAAUGUUUUAAAUUGGCAGAUAGGUGAGAGAAGACUUGUAGUCUCUCAUUUGGAAAAAUAAACAAUAGAUUUUACUUCAUAACACGAAGCCCAGCACUCACAUCUGUGGAAACUGUGUAUAGUUGCAUUUUAGCAUCUUUCAUUCUGAUUUUUAUACUUGUAACUCAAACCAAUAGCACACUAAUGGUAAUCUAGUAGAAAUUUAUAGGAUCUUGGUAAGUACUGAGAAUUUUAACUUGAAUUAAUCAGAUAAGCAACAGAAAUUAAUGUAUAUUACAUGGAUUUAUGCAGUAUUGUAAUACAACUCUACCUAUGGGUAGAAAAAUGUAGAAAUGGAAAGAAUUCUGAAAGAAUAAUAAAAUUCCAUGGUAUUUACAGAUAAUUUGGGGAACUUUUUUAUAUCAGCAGAGGAUUCCUUCCUAUUUUAUAUUGAAGAUUCAGCUCUGGUUAGGAAAGGAUUUGAGUUGUAUUUAUUUUUUUAUGCCAAAGUUUUUACUGAAUUGAUGGUAUUAGAAUUUAUAGUACUUAAAGGUAAAUAUUAAUAGUUUAAAAUUUAGUUUAUAUUAAAACUAAAACAACUGAUGUGUUAUAUAUAUUUGCUUGUUGAGUAAGUAUAUUUACUUUAAAUAUUCAAUAUAAGCUUCUGUUUUCUGUAAGGUCAAUUAUAACUAUCAAGAAAUCAACUUAAAGACUUGUUUCCUUCAGAGACCAUCUGUGGAUAUAUUUAAAAGUAAUAAGAUUUUCAAAUGGAUUUUAAAGUUUAACACUUAAAGCAUGUGCAAUAUAAUAUGGAAUUUAACCAUAAUACUUUAUAUGAAUAUGAAUUUUCUUUCCUUUUCUAAGUCCAAUCUUCCAUUUUUAAUUCACUUUAAUAGUUUCAGGUUCACAACAUGUAUAAGUAUAAAGUACUCUUAUAUUAGAAGUGGGUGGAAUUUUAAAAUUCCUUGCUCUUUAGAUUUGUAUCCUAUUUAAUAUAUUAUUUAAACCCCUAUUUAAUGUAAAAUGAAUAUUCAAUUACAUAUAUGAUUUUUAAUAAGACUUGCUUAUCAUUUUCCUAAUAAAUGAAAAUAUUUGGUACCAGCAUUUAUAGAUAGGCUGCCAGAUCUGUUAUGUUAUGCUAAGUUAAAUACAACUGUUAGUUACCUCAAACCAGAUUUCUCUUAGUUUGUGUGUACUAAGGGAAUAAGUCCAAAUUAAUUUAUAGUUUAGUGUUCCAUUGUAGGUAAUGUUCUUUUCAUUUGUUAUUUCUACUUUUUAUGGAACAUUUUUGCAAUAUUUUAUAUAAUCUUCACCUUUCAUUAAUGAUAAUAAUUUAUUAUUAAAUAUUUUACCAAUUGAACUGUAUUUCUUUGGAAACAUUCCUUUAUUUUUUGAUGUUGAGUUGCUAAGGAGAAAUGCUUGUUAAGAUACAAACUCUAGUCAGUUAUGGAUGAGGAUGAGAGAUGUCCAAGAAUUCAGAGUUAAUCAAGAACAAAACACAGUUUAGAAAUAUUUCUCUAACUUUAUUCUCUGUGAAUGUCUCUUUUUUAAAAAAAAAUAUUUUUAUUGAUUUCAGAGAGGGAGGGAGAGGGAGAGAGAGAUUGAAACAUCAAUGACGAGAGAGAAUCAUUGAUCGGCUGCCUCCUGUAUGCCCCCUACUGGGGAUCAAGCCCGCAACCCAGGCAUGUGCCCUGACCCAAAAUGGAACUGUGACCUCCUGGCUCAUAGGUCGACUCUCAACCACUGAGCCAUGCUGGCUGGGCUGUGAACGUCUCUUCUGAUACUGUUUUUUUUCUCAUUUAUUAUGAGGAUAGAAAGUUACCGUCCAUUGUCCCCACAAACAAAAAACAAAAGAAAAGAAAAGUGGAUGAAGGAAGUUUAAAUUCCUAAUUAUAUACUCUUUUGGUUUUUAGGUAGAAACUGGAACUAUCAAUAUUUUCAUGUAAGUAUUUCAAUGAGUAGCUCUUUAAAAUGGUUUUUAAAUUAGUUUUAAAAAGUUCAUUUGUCCUCUGAAUGCAUAUUCAGUCACAAUAUAUCAGUAUUGUAUUAUAAAGGUGCUUAGUAUCACUUUUUAAAAGUAUGUUUACAUAUUUUAAAUAUUCAGUUAUCUUUUAAAUGUGCAGGGUGUUGAAUACAAGUGCAUAAAUUUUUCGGUAUCUUUAUUUGGCAUUCUCCUAACAGCUCUACAGCAAAGUUGGACAGAUGCUGUUUUGUGUCAUAUAUCACAAAGUCCAAUAUCUGAAGUAGUAAGUUGGACAUUCAGAAUAAGUGCUUAGAAAUUCAUAAUUACAGAUGAGCUUGUUUCUUCAUUGUAGUUUUUAUGUUCCAAGUCUCCAAGUGAACUUUAUAUACACUACAAUGAAUUAUAGAUAAACACAGCUAUGGUGGGCAUUUUCCUAAAUACUGAUUUUCUAUGUAAGCAGUGAACUUACUUAAAAGAAAAAAAUGUGUGUGCUUAUACCAGGUAAAUAUUUUCUAAAAGUUACAAAAGUAAUGGAAAUCAGAUUUUGAGGUCUGGUCCUGCAUUGAAGUUUCUGAUUUUGAGGUUCAUCAGCUUGUAUUUCAUCUUUAUAUUCUGUCAAAGUACAUACUUAAUCAUGUGAGUAUGAGAAAGUUGUCAUUUAAUUUGUACCAGGAUUUUUUUAAAAAAGUUUUAAAAGUGUGUGUGUAUAUAUAUAUAUGUAUAUAGUAACUUAAUGUAUAGUGUCCUUGUUAUAAUGUAAUUUUUUCAUUAAAAUGUUGUGCUUUUUUUCUUAAA